AUGGGCGAUUUACCCUCUUCUAGAGUCACCGUAGCGAGGCCAUUCACUGUGACUGGAGUGGACUUUUGCGGCCCUAUUACAACAACGUAUCUACUUCGUGGGUACAGAACAACAAAAAGCUAUAUUGCUGUUUUUAUUUGUUUUGCCACAAAAGCUGUGCAUAUGGAGGUGGUCUCUGAUUUGACUGCAAAGGCUUUCCAGGCUUCAUUAAAAAGAUUUGUAGCUCGACGCGGCUUAUGCUUAAAAUUAUUUUGCGACAAUGCAACUAAUUUUGUGGGUACUCGUAAAGAGCUCGAGGAAAUGAAAUGCAAGUUUUUUGAUCAACAAAUCCCCCACUUUGGUGAACUAUGGGAAGCGGCUGUAAAAUCAGCAAAAUAUCAUUUGGCUAGAAUAUUGGGUCAAUGGCAUCUUACAUUUGAAGAGCUGGCAACAGUGGUUGCGGAAGUAGAGGCAGUUUUAAAUUCAAGACCUUUGACAACCUUGUCUAACGACCCAAAUGAUGAAAGCGUUCUUACACCGGCACAUUUUUUAACAGGUGGUCCGUUGGUUGGAACUGUGGAACCUACUGUGGAUAGCGAAGAAUGGUCUCAUAAAGAUAGAUGGCUACGAAUUUCGGCCAUACAACAACAUUUUUGGAGAAGGUGGUCGGCGGAGUAUCUUCAUGAACUUCAACAGAAAGUCAAAUGGACUAAGAAGCAGAAGAACCUUAAUGAAGAUGAUAUGGUGUUAAUUGCAGAAGAAAAUUUGCCUUCUAAGCAAUGGCUUAUUGGGAAAGUGCUGAAAGUGACAAGAGAUGCUAAAGGUUGGGUUCGAGUUGCUGAUAUAAAAACAAAGAAUGGAGAGGUUCGCCGAGCAAUCCAUAAAUUGGCACCUAUUCCAUCUGAAUGUUGA